GGAGGAGGGAGGGUGCGGGCGAGGCUCGGGUUCCCCGGUUUGAGCAGCUCCUGCCCGCGGCCUGAGGGGCGGGCGCCAUGGGCAAGCGGGUGGCCUUAGUUCUCGCCGGCUGCGGCGUCUUCGAUGGCAGCGAGAUUCACGAGGCCUCGGCGGCCCUGGUGCACCUCAGCCGCGGCGGCGCGGAGGUGAAGAUAUUUGCCCCCAAUAUUGAGCAAAGGGAUGUAGUCAAUCACCUAAAGGGAAGUCCAGCAGAAGAGAAGAGAAAUGUAUUGGUUGAAAGUGCCAGAUUGGCAAGAGGAAACAUUCAGGAUUUGGCUGAACUGAAAGCUGGUGAAUUUGAUGCGGUAAUUUUCCCUGGUGGUUUUGGUGUAGCAAAGAACCUGUGUUCCUGGGCUGUAGAUGGCAAGAACUGUACUGUCAACGAGCAGGUGAAGGCCACACUCCAAGCUUUCCACAGCGCUAAGAAGCCCAUUGGCCUGUGCUGUAUAUCGCCAGUCCUGGCGGCUAAAGUCUUCCCUGGUUGUGAGGUCACAGUCGGCCAAGAUAAAAACGUAGAUGGAAGAUUUCCUGACGCUGAAACAGCAUCUGCUAUAGCAGAGCUUGGAUGUAAGCACGUUUGCAAAAAUGUAAAUGAAUCCCACGUGGAUAAAGCCAAUAAAAUAGUUACUACUUGUGCUUUCAUGUGUAAGGCUCCUCUGCAUGAAAUCUUUGAUGGAAUUGGAACAAUGGUACAAGAAGUCCUGAAACUUGCCUGACUGGAAGCGUACGGCCUUCUGCAAGGAAAUCAAACGAGCUAAGCAUAGGCUUUUGGUUUCCUUUCUUUGUAUUAAUAAAAUAAUACAACUCUUAAACUUCA